UCAAUUUUUCCUUUGACUUGGUUCCUAUUAAAACAGAAAAUUUGAUAUAACACUUAAACUAGAAUAUCUGAUCCAUGCUGCCUAUAUAAAUGCUAGUCUAUUUGCAUCAUUCCAAAGCAAAAUACAUUAAGAGCAUUCUUAUCCCUUCACUUUGAAAUGGCCAUUACCAACACUUCUCUCACUGUCACAAACUGGUUUUCUGAAAUGGUAGAAACAGUAGCUGCAAGUUUUAAGCAUGGUUCUGCAGUUGGGCUAUUCAUGAAGGCUUUGGAGAGAGUUCUUUUUGCCUUAUUUACUUGCAUUCUGGCACUUGGAGGGUCAAUAGUGGGAACAAUUGCAGGAGGUAUAAAAGGGCAGACCACAGAGACUGGUUUUCUUGAUGGUGCUGGCAAAGGAGCAAUCACAGGAGCAAUUGCAGCACUGGAAUUGAUAAAUUUUGACUAUGUUGAUGAGCCAUUGUCCAAGUUUGCCCUGUUGAGAAGUUUAUUCAAUGGGAAAGUCUUUAUGGAAUGGAUAUGUCCAGCUGUGGCAAAACUCUAUCAGCUGCAUGUAACAAUUAACACACUGGAAACAAUUUACCAAGAAGUAUCAGACAUUUAUGAUAUGAGGGGAGCAAGAGGGGUAAACCAGAAUGUGAUUAUGAAGAUUCCUUUUCAGCCAUUCAACUCUGUAAAAAUGUCCAAGUUAUACAACAUGUCUUGCUGCUCAAUUUGCUUCCAGGAUUUUGAGGAUGGAGAAUUGGUGAGGGUGCUUCCAAAAUGUGGCCACCUUUUUCACCUAGAAUGCAUAGACAAGUGGCUAGUCCAACAAGGAUCAUGCCCAAUGUGCAGAACUUAUGUUCCAGACCACAUUCUUCAAUAACAAGUGUUUCAGUUGUAAAGUAGGUUGAGUACCUUAAUUACAAGAGAAAAAGUAGGUUGAGCUUCAGUCAUGAAGUGUUAACUUUGUAUAUAAAUCUUUUAAAGUUAUUGACAAAUUAGUACAUGCUAAUUAUGAUCUCUUUUAUUUUAUUUUUA